UCAUUGUGAUCACUUUUUAUCUGUAAUGUUGAGUAUAAUGCAUUAAUAAAGAUGACGCACAAUGUUCCUAAGACACUGCCUUCGCUUGGUACUACCAUCACACAACCGUCCCCAGCAGCAGUAUCCGCUGAACAAUACAGCAAUCUCAAUGACGAACCAUUCAAGACAAAGCUUAAACGAUUCAUAUACAACAAGCAAACAGGACAAAUUCUUGGAAGAACCUGCAAGAGCUGGGUCUGCAUCAUCGCAUAUUCCAUCAUGUACCUGCUAUUUCUCAUGACCUUUACACUCGUAAUCCUCUAUAGUUCUUUAGAAAUACUUAAAAUUUUAAUUGACUUCAAAAAUAUUGACAAAGUUUCAGCACUUGAUUCGGCAUUCUCAUACCCAAUUGGGCUCACAGCAGCUCCAUUAUCCGAACACAAUUCACCAUUGAUUUGGUACAAAAAUGGAGAAAAGGAUGACUACAAGAAGUAUGUUGACGCACUUGACAAGCUUCUCUCAAAAAACAGGAAAAAGAGAGAAAUAGGUAAUUUAGGACCAUGUGGAGAAUCUCCUUACGGGUAUGGAGAAGAGCCAUGUGUUAUAAUAAGAGUAAAUAAGCGUUUGAACUGGGCAGCUCACCCUCUGCAAUUCAACUCUACGAUUGCUAAAAGUGCCCCGGCAGACGUCCAAACUUGGAUGAAGGCAGAUAGGACGAAGUUGUGGUUGCGAUGUGAAGGCUACCACUCUUAUGACAAGGAACAUAUUGGGAAGAUAAAGUACUACCCGGAUCCCCCUGGCAUUGAUGCAAACGUUUUUCCUCUACGCAAAGAUGAAAAAUCCCCUUUGGUUGCUAUCCAAAUAUCCAAGUUCACGAUUGGUAUCUCGUUGGCAAUACAAUGUGCGUUGUGGUACGACGCUGGUCCUUCCACGAUUGGAUUUGUUCUUUACGUCGCUCCAGGAGAAAGGAUAUUAUAUAGUGUAAAAGGAUAA